CCCUUAACUUUGAAACUUUGGAAAGAGCAUAGUCCGUCAAUAUAUUUAAUAAUUUUUUAGAAUUUCACUAUGUUUAAAAAGUUCGACGAAAAGGAGCAUGUUUCUGGUGUUACUAGUAUCAAAUCAUCUGUUCAAAGAUCUCUGAAAGCUUCACUUAUUCAACAAAUGCCCUUUCUCGCAGACUAUAUUGAUGAGAUAUUACCAAAAAAGGAAUGGAAAUUAGUAAAAUGCGCUGAUCAUAUUGAAGCUUUAGCGGCAAGAGAAGGAGAAGUUGUUUUCUUUAAACAGAGAGAUGGACAGUUUUAUCCUUCUCUGAAACUUGUUCACAAGUAUCCCUUUAUUCUACCGGAAAUGCGAGUUGAUAAAGGAGCAAUUAAAUUUAUACUUAGCGGAGCUAAUAUUAUGAGCCCAGGAUUAACUAAUCGGGCUGCCGGAGCUAAAAUGACUAAAGUCGAUAGUGGAACAAUAGUGGCCGUAACGGCUGCAGGAAAACAACACGCACUUGCUGUAGGUUUAACCAAAAUGUCUUCUGAAGAUAUAGAGACGCAGAACAAAGGAAUUGCUGUUGAGAAUAUCCACUACCUCAAUGACGGACUUUGGUUAAUGAGAAAUAUAAAAUAA